ACUAUAUCCCAAUCGGGAUGUGGGUUUGGUUCAACUCCGAACGGCUCCUGCCAUCACCCCGAUUUCGUUGGCGCUGGGAGGAGGAUGAGGGCUGUGGGGGAGGUCUGUUCUGCUGGGCGGGUGGAUGCUGAGUCUCCCAGUGGGUUUUACAUCCCCCACUGAGGAGCUGCACCAUCACUUGGGGUGUUUUCUUUUUGGAAAAAGCCCCCAGGAGCAUUUUACACCCCGAGUGGGACGGGUGGCAGCAGCAGCUGUCCUUCCUGGAAACUCUCUGGGUUUCAUUUUCGUGGCUGAGCAGCUGCCACUGCUGUGCCACGGGAAGGCGGAAGCUGCACGGCCCCACGCCGGGGCCCUACGGGGGAGCCUGCAACCCUUCCCAGAGUAGCUCUUUCCAGAGGCUGGGAGCCACGAUGCCCCAUGGAUUGGGGCAGGGCUGGCCCAGGCAGGGCCGGUGGGGCAGAGGAUGCCGGGGGGCAGCUAGCGCAGGACACAUCCCCAGCAGGUGGGAAGGACGUGUGUGUCCCCGCCAUGGAGAUCCGACGUGCUUUGCCCCAGGAUUUCCGGGAGCUGCUGCACUGCCUGAAGAUGAGGAGCAAGUAUGCCGUCCUGCUGGUCUUUGUCGUCGGCCUCGUCAUCAUCGAGAAGGAGAACAACUUCAUCUCCAGGGUGUCGGACAAGCUGAAGCAGUCCCCACAGGCGCUGGCAGAGGCCAACGGCACGGAGGCCAGCCCAGCGCCAGCUGAGAACGGCUCGCUGGCCUCACUGCGAGAGCUGGAUGCUGCCUUCUCCCAGCUGAGGUCCCACCUGCGCAACAUCACCCUGCAGCUGGAGGGUGAUGGGGACCCUGGGCCGCGGCGGCACGUCCUGCUGAUGGCCACCACCCGCACUGGCUCCUCCUUCGUGGGGGAGUUCUUCAACCAGCAAGGCAGCAUCUUCUACCUCUUUGAGCCCCUUUGGCACAUCGAGAGGACGGUGACCUUUGAGCCGGGGGGAGCCAAUGCGGUGGGCUCAGCCUUGGUCUACCGGGAUGUCCUCAAGCAGCUCCUCCUCUGCGACCUCUACAUCUUGGAGAGCUUUAUCUUGCCAGCGCCCGAGGGCCACCUGACGCCCUUCAUGUUUCGGCGGGGCUCAAGCCGCUCGCUCUGUGAAGAGCCCGUCUGCACGCCCAAUGCCAAGAAGGUCUUUGAGAAGUACCACUGCAAGAACCGCCGCUGCGGCCCCCUCAACAUCACCCUGGCCGCCGAGGCGUGCCGGCGCAAGCAGCACGUGGCCCUGAAGACGGUGCGCAUCCGGCAGCUGGAGUUCCUGCAGCCACUGGUGGAGGACCCUCGGCUGGAUGUGCGCAUCAUCCAGCUCGUGCGGGACCCCCGGGCCGUCCUGGCCUCCCGCAUGGUGGCCUUCUCUGGCAAGUACGAGACCUGGAAGAAAUGGGCAUCCGAAGGGGAGGCUCCCCUCCAUGAGGAGGAGGUGCAGCGGCUGCGGGGUAACUGCGAGAGCAUCCGUCUGUCGGCUGAGCUGGGGCUGCGGCGGCCGGGCUGGCUGCGGGGUCGUUACAUGCUGGUACGCUACGAGGACGUGGCGCGGGCACCCUUGCAGAAGGCGGAGGAGAUGUACCGCUUCGCCGGGCUCCCCCUCACCCGCCAAGUGGAGGAGUGGAUCAGCAAAAACACGCAGGCACCCCGUGAUGGCAGCGGCGUCUACUCCACCCGCAAAAACUCUUCUGAGCAGUUCGAGAAGUGGCGGUUCAGCAUCCCCUUCAAGCUGGCGCAGGUGGUGCAGGAUGCCUGCGCCCCCGCCAUGCGCCUCUUUGGCUACAAGCUGGCCAGCAGCCCCGCCGCGCUGGCUAACCGCUCCUUCAGCCUGCUGGAGGAGGCACAGCCCUCCUGGGUCACGUAACAGUGUGGGGGGAUGGUGGCAGGGGGGAACGAGGGGCUGCGGCCGUGCUCCCGGCCCGGGGAAGAGCCAGGGGGUCUCUGCUCCUGGAGAUGCUCUUCAUUGCUGCCAGGUGGAAAUCGGCAGCCCCGGGAGCCAGAGCAUCCUGGCAGAGCUGACCCCGGGGUCCUACAGAGCCUGAAUUACACAGUUUCUCUGGCAACGGGGAAAUAACAAAGGCGGGAGGCACUGGGAAAAAGCUGGGGGUUCGGCCCCAGGGCCACCUCCCCGGCUUGGGGGCUGCACCAGGGAAGAGGAGGGUGAGGGCGAGAAAGAGGGUGACAGGACCAAGCACCUCCUCAUUGCCACCUGGCCCAGCUAGGACAAGGCAAGGGUGAGACCCUGGGGGUGCCAGCAAGGACCCAAGCCCCAGAGGCCUUACUGGUUUAGUGCCUUCAUACACCAGCACGGACUGGGAACUGCCCCAGAGCCAUGCCGGGGCAGGAGUUUCCCACAGAGCCCCAGCCGGCACUUGGGCUGCAAUGAAAUGAGCUGACUUUGUGGUUUGGUGCUCUUCAAAGUUGGUUUGGGGAGGGGGAGUUGUUGGGGUUUUUUUCUCCUUUUGUUCCUGUGUAUUUGUGUACCAGGUUCGCCAGGUGAAUUUAUUUAUUUAUUAUAUGAAAAAGAGGGGGAGGCGGGUCAAGGAGCUAAGCCCAAAAAUCAGAGCAGCACAACAUACCGCAAAGAAACGGAGAGACACCCAGAACGAAGUGGCGGAGGUCAGAUUUUGGCCAGAGACCACCACGUGCCCUGCUGUAUGAUCCUGGGAGAGCCCCCAGGGACCGACGGGCUACAACCCCCAGACGCCCAGUGGGGCACGGCCAGUGCCGGGGCUGCACCCACCCCACCGGGAGCGACUGGGCACCUCGGCGCCUGCCAGAAGAUGGUUGGACUUAUUUAAUUAAAAACAAAAAUACGACAGCACAGAGUCCAAAGCAUCUCCUGUCUCCUUGGUAUUCAUGUCCUGUCUCCUUGGUAUUCCGGGGCUCCCCCCAGAGCCCCAGAUACUUGCCGGCAGCAUCGGUGGGUGACCAAUACCUGGUGGAGGCACGGGGAGUUUCAGGGUGUUUGCCACAUGCAGACAUUUCACCCGGCAACAGCCUGGCACUGAGCUGCCCC